AAUGUUGGACUUGUUUUGUCAUCUGUUGUGCUUAAUAAAACCCUUCUAAGGUGAAGCAUUUACCCAGGUAUAAUUCAAACAUUGCUGCUGUGAACUAUUUCUGGCCUGGCUGUUUUCUGCUCUUGAUCAACAAGCGGCUCUGCGUGUGACGACAGCGGCGGAAAUAUUUUUUCGCUAUUCAAAAUGGCACCGUCUCAAUCAGGAAGUAAGGAAAACAACUACGAAGACUAACUUGGAUAAAUAUCCCGGUUUGAGCUACUUUGACGCGACUGUUCGUUCAAAAUCAGGCCGGUGUCUUCGUGGUUAGGACUGACGGCAAAUAGCGCACUCACGGUCAUGGAGAGUACUUGUCCUUGUUUAAAGUACUGACUCAUACACAGCCAGCACGUGGGUGGCGGUAGAGGGGUGCAUUGUCUAAGUUUGCUGGUAGUCAUGUGUGAAGCUCUGGUCUGAUGUCCACCCUUACCUCAGUGCUGGCCAUGGACGGGGAGAACUACCUGCAUCCAGAAGGCCCUCAGCUAAACAGCAGCAUGUUCUCAAUGGGCCCCUCAAACAUGGAGAGUUCAAUAUUUGGCUCCUCUGGUACCUGGGAAUCCUUCUCUCAGCAGCCUGGAUACUGCCCUAUGCAAUCUGGAAACCAGCAAUACCACUUGAAUAGCAGCACUACCACCAACAUUCCUGAUAUGCACAUGAGCAUGUACCCGGGAUACUCUGACAUGGACUUUACCAGCCUCAGCCUCCCGAAAAAUGAGAAUGGAGACUUCUCCCAGGACCUGUCCUGCAUUGAUGACCUCUCGAACUCUCUGUUCUCCUCUCCGGCGGACUCGCUGUCGGAGUACGCCGAUAACCAGCCCUACAUCAGCGCUAAUCACCUGGAAACAGUGCCCACUCUCUGGGACAUUAACACUAGCACCACCACAGCCACACAAGCACAGAGCCACUUAGAGCAAAAUGGCACCAGCAGGUUUCAAGGCUUGACCAGUCUGGACGAUAUUUCUGCUAUAAUCAGCACUCCAGCUUUAGGACUCCAGGCUCAGGGAACGCAGUCACCACCAGAAGAGGAAGAGGAGGCUGAGGAGGAGGAAACAGAGGAGCUUGGGCAUGUUGACACAUAUGCGGAGUACAAACCCUCAAAAUCCACAAUAGGAAUUUCACAUCCUGACAUAGUUGUGGAAACCAACACGCUGUCCAGUGUCCCUCCUCCUGACAUCACGUACACUCUGUCUAUCCCGGAGCCAACUAUUAACAGUGGUCUGCUGUCUGCGCUGCAGUUAGAGGCCAUCAUCUACGCGUGUCAGCAACACGAGGUGAUUCUCCAGAACAACCAGAGAGCAGGCUUCCUGAUUGGAGACGGGGCAGGCGUUGGAAAGGGACGCACCGUGGCAGGGAUCAUCCUGGAGAACUACCUUAGGGGACGAAAGAAAGCACUGUGGUUCAGCAUAUCCAAUGACCUGAAAUAUGACGCAGAGAGAGAUCUCAAAGACAUAGAUGCACCAAAUAUUCCAGUGCAUGCCUUAAACAAGAUUAAGUAUGGAGACACAGCUACCUCAGAAGGAGUCCUAUUUGCAACGUACUCUGCACUCAUUGGAGAGAGUCAGGCAGGAGGGCAGCUCCGGACAAGAAUUAAACAGAUCCUGGAUUGGUGCAAGCAUGACUUUGAUGGAGUUAUUAUUUUUGAUGAAUGCCACAAAGCCAAGAACGCCACAUCCACUAAAAUGGGCAAGGCAGUUCUUGACCUACAGAACAAGUUGCCACAGGCCAGAGUGGUGUAUGCCAGUGCCACAGGCGCCUCUGAGCCAAAGAACAUGAUUUAUAUGAGCCGCCUGGGAAUCUGGGGCGAGGGCACACCCUUCAGGACCUUUGAUGACUUCCUGCACGCCAUUGAGAAAAGAGGGGUCGGGGCUAUGGAGAUUGUGGCCAUGGACAUGAAAGUGAGCGGGAUGUAUAUUGCCAGACAGCUAAGCUUCUCUGGCGUUUCUUUCCGCAUCGAGGAGAUUGGACUGGACAGUGACUUCAAAGAGGUCUACAACAAAGCUGCCAAGCUGUGGGCGGAGGCGUUGAAAGUGUUCAUGCAAGCAGCUGACGCGCUGGGCCUGGUCAGCAGGAAGUCGCUAUGGGGGCAGUUCUGGUCAUCUCAUCAGCGCUUCUUCAAAUACCUUUGUAUCGCUGCCAAGGUCCGCUGUCUGGUGGAGUUGGCUAAGAAGGAGCUAGAGACUGGAAAGUGCAUAGUAAUCGGGCUGCAGUCUACUGGAGAAUCACGUACCAGAGAGGUCUUGGACGAAAAUGAUGGCCAUCUUGACAGAUUUGUUUCUGCAGCAGAGGGAGUAUUCCAGUCUCUUGUAUCAAAGCACUUUCCUUCAGAGAAACAAAGGAGAGAGAAGGCACCGGGGAAUAAGAGAAAAAAAGGGAAGCCUCGAGGUCGCCACCCAAAGAUGCCCAAACACACGGUGGACAGCGGUGGUGUGAUCAACAUCUCUGAUGACAGCAGCAGCGACUCUGAGGGUAUGGACACAGACUCCAACUCCUCGCCAGACUCCCUGCAAGACAACGAUGACGUCAUCUUUGUUAACCACACUAGCUGCCAGUCAGCCAGGAUAGAGGAGAUGAAACAGGGCCUGCUCAAUAAAAUUGCUGAACUGGGAAAAGAACUACCUCUCAACACAUUGGACGUGCUCAUAGAUAGAUUUGGAGGACCAGAUAAAGUUUCUGAGAUGACGGGACGUAAAGGUCGCGUCGUGCGACGUCCAGAUGGCACCGUUCGCUACGAGUCCCGGGCCGAGCAAGGCUCCACAAUCGACCAAAUCAACAUCAAGGAGAAAGACCGCUUCAUGAGCGGAGAAAAGUUGGUGGCCAUCAUCUCAGAAGCAGCCAGCUCAGGGAUUUCCCUGCAGGCAGACAAACGAGUGAAAAACCAGAGGCGAAGGGUCCACAUGACCCUGGAGCUGCCUUGGAGCGCAGACAGGGCCAUCCAGCAGUUUGGUCGUACUCAUCGGUCCAAUCAGGUCACAGCACCGGAGUACAUCUUCCUCAUCUCAGAGUUGGCCGGGGAGAGACGUUUUGCAUCUAUUGUGGCCAAAAGACUCGAGAGCCUGGGUGCUCUGACCCACGGUGACAGAAGAGCCACUGAGUCGAGGGACCUGAGCAAGUACAACUUUGAGAACAAGUAUGGUACCAAGGCCCUGGAUAAAAUCACCAAAUCAAUCAAUGGCUACAUAGUUAACAAGGUCCCCGCUCCCAAAGGAUACCCUGGGGGUGAAUCCAUGUUCUUCAGAGACAUGAAAGUUGGAAUGAUGGAUGUUGGCAUCAUCUGUAAGGAGCCUCGCUUAGGCAUCAGUACUGACAAAGACUGCAGCAUCACCAAGUUCCUGAACCGCAUCCUGGGCCUGGAGGUCCACAAGCAGAACUACCUCUUCCAGUACUUCACAGAUAACUUCGACUACCUGAUUGAGAAAGACAAGAAGGAGGGCAAAUAUGACAUGGGAAUCCUAGAUCUGGCCCCUGGCAAUGAUGAGAUUUAUGAGGAGAAGCAGGAAACUUUCCUGACAGUCGGAAAUCCUCAAGAUGGACAAGUUGUUCUUUAUAAGAUCAGCGUGGACAGAGGAAUGCCCUGGGAGGAGGCGUACAACAGGUCGCUGAAGCUCACUGGUCCUGAUGAGGGAUUCUACCUUUCCCAUAAGCUGCGAGGUAACAGUCCGUGCGUGCUGCUGGCCGAGCAGGGAAGAGGUAAAAACAUCAACAUCUACAAGCCCAACAUUGGCAAGCAGACUCAGCCUGAGAGUCUCAACAACCUGCUGCAACGUUACAGAAAGGUUACUUUCAUGGAGGCCAGGGAGAGCUGGGAGAACCAGUUCACCUUUUCCUUCAAGAACUGUAGCCACGCCAACUGGAAUGGGAAGUGUAAGAAAAUUGAGGAGGGCCAGGAGUGUCUGGCGGGGAUGCGACUCCGUCAGUAUCACAUGCUGUGUGGAGCUUUGUUACGGGUGUGGAAGCGGGUCUCAGACGUGGUGUCGGACAUCACCAGCUCCAGCAUUCUGCAGAUCGUCCGCCUCAAAACUAAGCAGCAUAACAAGCAAGUUGGCAUCAAGAUCCCAGAAAACUGUGUGCCCCGUGUGCGCGAGGAGCUCCAGCUGAUGGAUGAUGAGGUGAAAAGAAGGCGGAAAGAGAAGGAGCAGCAGGAGCGAAUGCGCAAAAUGGAGCAGGAAAACAAGCAUCUCCUGAGCCUGUUCAGUCAGAAACCCAUACCUAACCAGUCCCUCGCUCAGACUCUGGUGCCGAACCAGUUCACCAAACACAACCUGAACCAAAACACUGUACAGAGGACUCAGCCUGGGAGCGUCUCCCAGUUACAGGACAUGCAGCAGCUGUUAUCUUUGCAGAGCCAAACCCAGUGCAGGACCCUCAAUGGCUGGCCAAAUAGUUCCUCCUCCUCCAGCACCAACGGCCAGGUCUGCCAGCCCAACACAGCUGACCACAGAUUCUCUCAGUUUUAUAACCAGUCUUCUUUCAUGCAUUCUUUCCAACAACCCAAGAACCCGUUGAUCCCACUCCACCAGUUCCCGCCGGCCCACAGUUUGUCUUCCAAGAAUCCUUUGGAUGAAAUCUUGGACCUGACGGUGAGUCCACCUUCUUCGUCUCCAGACAGCACGACAGCCAACCCGGCAGCGUUUGUGGAAGAUUUUAACCUAGAGGCUCUUUUAGCCCCGACCGUGGCAGAUACAUCAAACGCCGCACAGAUACAGCAGCCUCAAAUUGAUCUGCAGCACCUCCUACAGGCUCUUCAGUAUCCGCCGGAGACCAUACAGGCACCGCCACCUCAGUUCGAUCUGCAACGCCGCCUACAGCCCCACCAGGAGCAACAGAAACAGCAGCAGAACCGCAACAUGCUGGUUUCUCACAAGGACUUGCUAGAUCUAUUGGACUUGCCCCUGUCUCCACCAAUGUCCACGCAGACAGCCAACCCUUCGUCUUCCACAUCCUCCUGUACUUCCUCCACAUCCUCCACCUCGUCUCACUUCUCCAACCCGUCCUCCUCAUCUUCCUCCUCCUCCUCAUCCUCCUUGUUCUCCGGAGCCUCCUCUUGCUUUCCAGGGAACUAUCUUCUCCCACCCUCGGACUCUUUGCCCAACGGCCACUGCAGCUCAGGCACUCUGGACGUUCGCGAGGCUCUGAACAGCAUGCUGCAAGCUGGACCAGACCGCAAGUCCGUCAUUCAGUACCUUCAGCAAGACUGAGAGCUCCAAUCGAUACAAACUGUCUGAAUUUUGUCUUGUUUUUGGUGUUUGGUUUUGUCUUUUUAAAGCAGAUCGCAUCUUGUUUGCUGCUGUCUAGAAUCGUACCCUCAGACCUGUCCCACCCCGUCCUCUCCUCCCCCCUCAGGGCCUAUAGUCACGUCACUGCCUGUCCUGUGCUGCACUCCCCCGUCCUCCCUGAGGUGAUGGCAGACUCAGUCGAUAUCAGAUUUCUGCUCCAAAGUGUGCCCUUCACAGUAAAAGGCAGCUGUUUCCAAAGUUUUUUUUUUUAAGAGAAAGUGAAAAGAUAACCAGUGAAAUAAUGAAAACAGGAGCAGACAAAAACCCAAAAGCCCUUUUUACUGAGGUGUGGAAAUCUUUUUGGGGAAACAAAAAAAUCCCACUGCUGAUUCGUACGAGGUGUGAUCAGUGAAGUUGCUGGAAGCUCUAAAAUGCCUCUCACCAUUUAUGACUUUUGCUUUUUCUGUUACUUUCCUAACUUUAAAAAAACAAAAAAAGUAUGCUGAGCAUGGUUUGAGUGAAACAAAAGAUAAUUGUUGAGCUGGAUGAAGAGAGAGAGAGAGAAAACAUGAAAUCUUUUAGCUGAUUAGCCAUGAAAUGCCUCAGUUUUCAGUUGUUUCCUCCACGUUCUCGCCUCCUGGUUUUCUCCCUGCUUCUACGAACACUAGCGCGAGGAAAAGAAGAGGAUGAUCAUCUGCUGUUGCAAACAGUGCCUUCUGAAAAAAUCUAUAAAUGCAGUCUUUAAUAAUCCAUGUAGCCUAAUGUAUAGAUUUGUACUCUAGUUUUAUUCUUAAUUUAAUACAUGUGUAUCUGUAUUUAACUUUGAACGAGUGAGUGAGUCAGCUGGUGUUUGUUACAUGAUGCUGGUGUAAGGUCGUCGGCUUUGCUGCUCUUCGGAUGAAAAAUGAGGAGAACGUUAAGGGAAGGGUUUUAGACAGCGUGGCGAACGGUGGCUGGGAUGUAAAAACUCGCCCAGUUGGAUGCAGACAGUUUGUAAGUUAUCGGGUCUCUGUGAAACGGAUAACACUAUGCUCAGAGAAGCCCCAUCGCGCUCUCAACAGGACUGUUUGAGUAGGUUGCAUCUCGUCUCUGUUGCUCCAUGUUGCAUCCUCUGCAUACUUUCCUCCGGAUUUUUACAUGUCUACCUGUCUUUUAUCUGUGUCCUUCCGGUCUAAAUUUCUGUCCUACCGUGCGCUGAAAACAACUCAGCGACAGGAAUACAACGUAUGACCUACCACUGACCUGCUCCUUAUUUUUCCGUUGAAGCUGAUUUUAGCACACAUCUAGAUUCUGCUUUAAAUCGGAGCUCUUUUGGGAAUGUCUUGAGCUUGUUUGGUAUGUGUUUGCAUCCGUAGUCCUGUUGAAUUUGCUUCCACUAGGCAUGAACUGGUGUGACAUUCUCAUGUAAAAAUGACACAUUUCAAGCAAAAAUUGUAGAAUGUGAUCAAACUGCUUUUCUCCCUACUGCUGCUAAAAUAAUAUCAAAUAUUUAUUAUUACCGUAUAUAAUAAUCCUAUUAGAUUUAUUUGUAGUCAGAAAAAUAAUAAGCGAAUAAAACAAAUGUGGCAGCCUACUUUCAGCUAGCUGACCAGUAGCAAGCAGCAACAGGUGGGGGAGGGGCAGCACCGAGUUACUCCGUUUAAAAAAUAUCUGGUCACUUUCUCUAGCAUCGGAUGUAAAGAACUUUAAACUGCACCAAUGAGCUAACCUAAAACUGUGCAAGUUGAAGUGAUUUGAACUUUGGUAAACCUUGCUAACAGCAACCAUCUCAUGCCUAGGUUCCAGCCUUUGACAAAACACAGAAAGUCGUGUUUUUAUGUCCUGCAGGUUCUGAUUCAUCUAAUCCAUCUCCUGUCAUUAUUACUAGAGGAAUCCAGAACGGUUCAGCAUCUAUCUGAGUAAACUCUGUCCUUUACUGCUCUCUGAAGGCGUGAGAUCACAACUUUCAGCGUGUGUGAUUUCGUUUGAAGCUCGUGAGAUCUGGUCAUCUUCGUGUGUGAAAACAAUGCACUGUAGCUGGUUCGUGACAAAUUGCCAGAAGUUCAACUUAUCAAAAAGCAAUAACCAAUACAAUAGGUUUGAAACAAAGACGUCGAGACGUUUACGCUCAGCAGGCAAAGCUUGGUGGCUGUAGUUGCAUGGUAUGAAUCUCGUUUAUUUCUGUCACGUGCGUUUGUAAAGUAUACUUUGACCCGAUGACCGUGACGAGUUCUUGAUGUUUUAGUUAUAGCUAUUCUUAAACCUAUUAUUUAUAUUUAAGGGACAUUUUAGAUUUUAGAUUUGUUAUCUUCUCAUAUUAGUCAGUGGUAUAUUUUGGUCAGGGAUGUUACGUGUGUUGAAGAUUGCUAUAAAACAAAUUUUAUUAUGACCUGCCACCAAAUAAGAUUGCACUGUUCUGUACUGCUGUACAGCGUCUGGGUUUAUUUUAGCUCCUGCUUUCCUUCACGACUCGUUCGCCCUUCGUCCCAGAAAUACCAAAGUGUUCCACAGACAGACACCCCUAAAGAUACUGGCUCCGACUUGUGAGACCUUUUAUCAAUCUCAGGAAGAAACCCACCGUGUCGGGGCGUUCACAGAAUUAUAUAGUUUCCUUCUUUACAGUGAUUGAAUUAAUGCAUCUGGGUUCGUUUUUGUUUCAUAACUCUGUGCUGUGACUCUUGCUGUAUUUAUGUUGGAGACUUAAUGUGAUGAGUUUGUUAUUUGUCCUUGUGAAAAUGUCAGUGGUUUUAAGUGUUUAUGCCAUCUUAGGGCAAAGAUCGAUGUCUCUUGUUCUUUUCUGUGGACAGUUUAGUUUUUAUUUCACUUUUUAAUUUCAUUCACACCUGGAUUAUACUUAACGUACACAUAACAAAUCAUAGGAUAUCCCCCUUCUACCAAAUGGUUAAGACUCACUCAAAGUAAUUAUUUCUCCUUCUCAUUUCUCUUCAGGCACAUUCCAAGACGUCAGUCUGCAAAAGCUUUCUCUCUGUUUUUUUUUUGUUUUGUUUGUCAUAAAAGUUAAGGCUUUACAUGUUUGAGGGAUAUAUAUAUAUAUAUAUAUAUAUAUAUAUAUAUAUAUAUAUAUAUACACACUGCAGUUUUAUUAUUUUAUUUGCUUAGUUAGGCCUUUAAUCAUGUAUCAUUUUGCACUAAGAAUGGCAUAAUCCAGUUACUGUUUGUUGGCUGUGAUUGAGCAGUGCAAGGUUGUUCCUGUUCUUUACAAUCGCUCUCUGUAAACUGUAACCAUACUUCUUGUUUCUUCACCAUUUGCAUAUAAUAUAAAUGUUAUCACUCUGAAAUAAUAAUUUAUUGCUAACUAGAAAAACAAAUUACACAAAAACAUGCUACUGAUUGUAUGUAUUUUUAAACAAAGCCUAUUUUUUCUGUAAAAAAAAAAUAAGACAAAAAUGUGUUCAGCACUUUUAUUCUGGGUUUUGCUUUUGUUUUCUAUAUAUUUAUAAUUUAGAUCUAAAUGUAUAUAUUGUAAAAUUUGUGCCUUUCGACUAAUUCUUUAAGAAAAGGUUUUCUACUCAUUAAAGGAAGGAAUAUAUGAAAUUGCAAUCUUAACUUUGUAAACAAAUAAAAACUUGAGGAUUGCUGA